UACAGCACUGAUCACCCAUUCCGUCUCACACACCGCAAUCAUGAGGGAGAUUAUUCUCUUAAUCGUUGUUUCAGGAGUAAUUUAUGCAAACGCCCAAAUGCUUCCGGGUAUGGGCGGGGCUGGGUUAGGUCGGGGGAUGAUGACCAUGGGUGCUGCGGGGGCUGCCGGAGGACUGGACAUGAAAAACCUUUUGAGGACUCGUGUUAUGAUGAACAUGAUCAACAAAACAGGCAAAGGCUCGUUUUUCCAGAACAUGAUGCAUGUAAGAGCGUUUUGUGAAUCUGGAGAUUUCGUCAUGGGAGAAGGUUUUGCUGGUAUCAUGAUGGCUGACUGUAACAGAAUGAUGGGUUUGAAAUGCAUGAGAAGAUCUACAGAGAAGUACGGCAUGCCUAACUUCCUCAAGUGUCAACCUAAUGGCCUCUGCUGCUUUGACGGGAUUCGGGAAAAACUACUUGCUUCUUCAUUAGCUGCUAAAAAAUAGAUAGAGGGUCAAUCCAUUGCUUUGUCUUCAAGCUUAUGUAUCAUCAUCACCAUUAUAAACUGGAGGAGCAGCGGAAGUUAUGUUUAUUAUGACGUCAUAUCCUGUAUCAACAUGUCUUUUCGUGCAAACGUUAACGUAAUUGUUCAUCUGAUGGGACCACGAGGUCAUGCCAGUAAA